UUGGAGCCAAUGUACAGUACUUUUCCCUUAAUUUCAACACUAAAUCAUUAACUGGUACCUGUACGUCAAUGCGGACUCUGUAAUAGGUGGAGCGCAGCAUAAGACCAACAGACGUCCUAAUAAUGUGCAGUCUGCUGACACUGGAUGACUGGAAACAGCAGAGAUGAAGGAGCUAUGGGUUAUGGUUGUCUUUGCUACAGUCUCUUUAUCACAGGGGAAUCUCACCAUAUCAUCUGCCAUUCCAACCACCAUUGACAUAACUACCCCAACUACUGAUGUCCUUUUUAACCCUGACCCUCCAGCUAGUCCCCCACAAACUACCUACACUCCAACUACCGACACGCCAACUACUUACACUCCAACUACUGCUGCCCCUUUAACACCUGACCCUCCAACUACUGACUCUCCAGCUACCGACACUCCAGCAGCCGACAAUCCAGCAACCGACAGUCCAGCAACCGGCACUCCAAUUACAUACCCUCCAACUACCGAGAAUCCAACUACUGACACUCCAGCAACCGACACUCCACCAACCGACCCUAAAACUACUGAUCCUCCAACUACCGACUUUCCAACUACCGACACUCCAACUAUCGAUACUCCAACUACCGACUCUCCAACAACCGACACACCAACUACCGGCACGCCAACUACCGAAACUCAAGCUACAGUCACUAAAACUACCGACUGUCCAACUACCGACUGUCCAACUACUGACUGUCCAACAACCUACACAUCAACAUCUGACACUACAGCUACUGAAACUCCAGCACCCGACACUAAAACUGCUGAUCCUCCAACUACCAACCAUCCAACUACCGACCUUCUCGCUACCGACCCUCCAGCUUCCGAAAUAUCAUUAAACUACACUCCAAAUACCAACUUACCAACUACCCACUAUCUAACUACCGACUUUCCAACAACGGACACUUCAGAAACCGACACUCCAGCAACCGACCUACAAGCAACCGACCUUCCAGCAACAGACUUUCCAACUUCCGAUGCUACAGCUACCAACACUCCAGCAGCCGACACUCCAGCAACCGACACUCCAGCAACCGAAACGCCAACUAUCGACACUCCAAGUACUGAAUGUCCACCUACUGACACUCCAAUUAUCGACUCUCCAACUACCGACGCUACAGUCACUAAAACUACCAACUGUCCAACUACCGAAUGUCCAACUACCAACUUUCCAACAACUGACACUCCAGCAACCGACACACAAGCAACCGACACUCCAACUACCGAAACGCCAACUGCCAACACUCCAACUACCGAAUGCCCAACUACUGACACUCCAAUUACCGACUUUCCAACUACCAACACUCCAACUACAGUCACUAAAACUAUCAACUCUCCAACUACCGACUAUCCAACUACCGACUGUCCAACCACCGACUGUCCAACUACAGUCACUAAAACUAUCAACUGUCCAACUACCGACUGUCCAACCACCGACUGUCCAACUACAGUCACUAAAACUAUCAACCGUCCAACUACCGACCGUCCAACUACCGACCGUCCAACUACCGACCGUCCAACUACCGACAUUCCAACUACCGACAUUCCAACUACCGACUGUCCAACUACCGACAGUUCAACUACCGACACUCCAACUACCGACACUCCAACUACAGGCACGCUAUCAACCGGCACGCCAACAACCGACGCGUCAACAUCUGACACUACAGCAACCAACACUCCAGCAACGGACAUUCCAACUACUGACACUCCAACUACUGGCUGUCCAACUACUGACACUCCAACUACUGGCUGUCCAACUACUGACUGUCCAACUACCGACUUCACAACUACCGACACUCCAAAUACCGGCACGCUAUCAACAUCUGACACGCCAACAACCGACAUGCCAACAACCGAGACGCCAACAACUGACAUUCCAACUACCGACAUUUCAACUACUGAACAUACUUCACUUCCAUACACAAUAGUGUGUGGACCAAUUACCACUCCCCCCAUCACCUCUCCCACCACCACUUUUCCCACCACCAACUCUCCCACAACUUCUACCACCACCCCCACCACCACCACCCCCACCAUCACCUCUCCCACCAGACCCUCUCCCACCACCAUCUCUCCCACCACCCCCACCACCAGCUCUCCCACCACCACCUCUACCACACACUCUCCCACCACCUCCACCACCACCCCCACCAUCUCCUUUCCCACCACCACCUCUCCCACCACCACCUCUCCCACAAUUCCCACCACCAACUCUCCCACCACCUCUACCACCACCCCCAACAUCAUCUCUCCCACCACCACCACCACCUCUCCCACAAUCCCAACCACCACCUCUCCCACCACAACCUUUCCCACAAUGCCCACCACCACCUCUCCUACAAUCCCCACCACCACCUCUCCCACCACCACCAUCUCUCCCACCACCAUCUCUCCCACCACCAUCUCUCCCACCACCUCCUCGACCACCACCCCUCCUCUGGUCUGUAUCAACGGUGGUAAGCUACAGAGUCAAGUUUGUAUCUGUCCUGAUGAGUGGACUGGAGAGACCUGUUCAGAUGGUACAUUCACAGUACACACCACUACACUACUAUACCUAACCCUGGAUCUCAUAUUCACAGUACACACCACUACACUACUAUACCUAACCCUGGAUCUCAUAUUCACAGUACACACCACUACACUACUAUACCUAACCCUGGAUCGCACUUUCACAGUACACACCACUACACUACUAUACCUAACCCUGGAUCUCACAUUCAGAAUGUAUAUUUCAUGUUUGCAUGUUGAAAUGUAUUUUGCUUCUAUAGGGAAUUUCUGCAAUUCCAUCAUCAUUGGUGAUUUUUCCUUCCUAAGAACACCGGCUGGCUGGUCUGCUUAUUCAGAAGAGUCAUGUGAUGAGAAGACAACCAGUGCCGGUUUACCAAAAGCCUCAGCAAGAUGUUUGAAUGACACUGGCUCUCCAAUGUUUGGUCCUCCUCACAUUCUGCAGUGUGAAUUUACCCUCAGUGACAUUCAAGGAAAUAUCUCUAGCAGUUCAGGUGAUUUACUACAGUUAGCCUUCAGUACUCAGAUCCUGACCUACCAAAAACAUCAGCUGUCAGCUGACAACAUCACCACAGCAGCGCAGAUCGCUAACACACUGCUUAAGUCUGCAAAAAUCACAGAGGACAUCGCAGUGGCAGCUAUAACUAUCAUCAGUCAGCUGCUCAAUGCCAAUAAGGAGAGUACACAGGAGAGAGACGCUGUCCAGAGCCUCACAGAGACCCUGGAGAAGUUUUCCCUGGACCAGCACAAUAAUGUGUCCUUGGUGGUUCAGCCCAACCUGGCUGUCCAGUCUGUCCAAGUACCAAGUGACUCAGUAGGGAUCCAGUUUACUGCUCUGACUGGAAGUUCUGGCAAUUUUGUGGCCAAAAGAAUUCAUCUCAACAUCAAUACCUCUGAACUGAUAGCUGACAAAGGAGGUUCUACCGAUGUCCAGAUUGUCAUGAAAUUCCCUCCAGUUUUACGUAGUAAAAACACAAACCACUCCAUUGGUUUUGUGCUCUACCAAAACGACGGGUUCUUCAGGUCCAGGGCUUUCAGAGCUUCUUCAGGAACCAGCAGAAGGGUCAUCUCUGCUAACCUGGGACAAGUGUCUGGGUUACAUGUUGAGAUGCUCUUCAAGCCCACAGCUGUUCCCAACACCUCCUUCUAUGACUUUGCCUGUGUGUCAUGGAACUACACGUUGAAAGACUGGAGCACCUUUGGCUGCUCCAAAGUCAACCACUCAGAAGACGGCCUGCGUUGUUUCUGUAAUCACACCACUAACUUUGCUGUGCUGAUGUCGUUCAGGAGGGAUUUUAAAUACGCUGAAGCGCUAAACUGGAUCACCAUAUUGGGAUGUUCCAUGUCCAUCAUAGGGUUGAGUUUAACAAUAACAUUCCAGAUGGUGACCAGGAAAUCACGCAAAACCAACCCAACAGUCCUCUUAGUGAGCGUCUGCGUGUGUCUCCUGAUCUUCACCCUCCUCUUCAUGUUGGGAGUGGACAACCCUCAUAAACAGCUGGACAAACCUGAAAUACAGGAGGACAACAUUCUCCCCCCGUCCGACACACACACGGAGCAGGACAGAGGGCCCUGUACUGCAGUGGCAGUCCUGCUGCAGUACUUCCUGUUGGGGACGUUCACCUGGAACACGCUGUACGCCACACACGUCUUCCUGAUGAUCAGAAACAGCCUGGCCACCAGCCCGUCACACUUCACAGCCUAUACCGUGGCCAUCGGAUGGGGACUGCCUGCAGUUGUGGUGGCCAUCACCUUAGGAAUUAGUUACAGAGUGGAUGAUCCACUGGGUUACAGGCAGGAGGAAUUUUGCUGGCUUGCAGCCCUCGAUCCAAAGGGGAACUUUGAUUUCAAGCUGCCAAUGUUUUGGGGGUUCCUGAUACCUGUGGCAUUCAUGCUUAUGUUCAACACAGUGAUGUUGGUAUAUUUUGCGGUUACAACGUGCAAGACCAACCCACAUUUAACCAGUACAAGACACACAUCGAUGAAGAAGAAGUUCCUCAGUAGCUUUUCUCUGGCUGUGGUGCUCGGUCUCUCCUGGAUCCUGGGCUAUCUGUUGCUCAUUCCACAGAACCAGACCAUGUACACCAUACUCAACAUCUCCUUCUGUGUACUCACCACCACUCAGGGCUUGCAGAUUUUCUUUUUGUUCACAGCGAGAACAGCAAUUUUCAAGAAAAAGAUGUCAAGUGCUUUGAAAACUGUCUCUGGCGCUGGGAUCCCUCUUCACACUAGGAAGUUCAGUCUAUGGCGAGGCGAGCACAGUGAUAAAGUAGAAUCAUACACACAUCUGGACACUGACCUGUCAUUUCCACCUUGGUCCUCACAGACAUCUAGCUGAUGGGCUGUAAGUUCAACCUCUGUUGUAAAAUAUCUCAUAUACCUCCACUAUUUUCCUAUAAUAUACAGUAUAAUACACACAACAUUUUGUAUCAAUGUAUAUUCACUGCGAAUUCCCUCAGAAGUUGUGUUGUCCAAUGAUUUUUUGCAUGAAUACCGUAUAUCCUGAACAUUUGUUCUUUAUAAAAUGUUACUGUUUUAAAUAAAUCUUUAAUCAUUCUCUUUUAA